AUGAUAGAGACGGCGAGAAGUAAUAGUGUUUUAUUGAGUGUGCGAAUAUGUCUCAACAGCGGAGCGUUCGUUCAUCUCGUGGUCGUCGCAUUAGUGCUUUUAAAUGUGGAUAUGUCAACCGAUAAUGAUCCCAAUGUGAGAGUGUAUACUAUUGUUCGGUGGUUAUUAUUGACUAUUUGGUUUAAUUUUGUGUUCCUAACUUAUUACCCUAUAUGCAUUUAUUGUGACUGGAUGGAGAGUAAUGGGAGGUGGGAAGACAAGAGAGCGCAUGUUUUGAGGAAAAUUAGAGAUGUCGUUAUGACAAGUAUCCUUCUGCCAACAACUUUGUACUGUGACACUCUAUUCUGGAGAACUUGGAAUAAUGACCGGGCACUAAUAGCGCCUGUGGGGAUCUUUGCCUACCUGCCACAUUGGACACAUCAUUCUCUUCAUACUAUUUCAGGCGUAUUGGUGAUUUUAGAUUUAAUUAUGGUGCCUCGAAAACGUCCUCCUAGUAUUUUGCCUGGCGCAAUCAUUACGACAAUCUUUACCUCAGUUUACACUGCUACGGUCGCAGUGAGUUACGCAAAUGGUAUAGUAGUUUACGCAGUAUUAAACAUGUUCAGUAGGUAUCAAGUGUGGUUACUUAUACUCAUGUCAUAUCUGGAACUCUACUUCUUCUAUACACUACAGUGGUGUUUAAUUGACAUCGUGUGGGGGAAGAAAACGGAGAUAAAAAAUGAGGCAAAGAAGUUUUGA